GUGUAUUUUAUGCCAGAUGACUGUACUCCGGUCCUUUUCUCAUGCAUCUCCUAAAGCCAUUGGUCAUUUCACUGUAAAAGAAGGAUACAGCAAUAUGAGAAUUGGUUGUCCAAUAGUGCUGUAUCAGCAGAUAUGCAAACGGAGCUCCACGCUGGGCAUUUGGCAGCACAGAGAUACUGCGGCAGCACGUGGAACAAGUGAUGCUUUUCACCCAGCUGCAAAUCUAAAACCAGGAAAUAGUCCUCUUUUUACAGCACAAGACAUGAUGUAGCCAAGUGAGGAAUUUGCUGCAUGCUGGAGUGCGAACAGCGGUGUGUAUGGAUUGUCUUUUUCUUCUACCCUAUGCUGUCUCUGUCCCUCUCUCGCUCGCUCGCUCUGACGGACUAGGUGGCUAUGGAGCCUCUGAGCAUCCCUGUGGUGUUGGUUACUCUCAGCAGUUUCCUCAUCUCUCAGUGGAUCUUUCAUGUCGCAUGUCCAUGGCUGUCCGAUCGCCUCGUUCCAGCUUUCCUCAGGCUCACACACAUGCAGAGGACAGAGUGGAGCUCUAGGGCCGUCUCCACAGUCCAUGCUUUGGUCGUGGGACAUUUUUGUCUCUACAUAUUAAUUUUUGAUGAUGCACUCAAGAAAGACCCAGUUUGGGGAGAUCCAACACUUGUGAAACUGAAUGUGGGCAUAACCACAGGCUACCUCAUCUCAGAUCUGCUGCUUAUGAUCUACUUCUGGGAUAUCAUUGGAGAGAAGUAUUUUGUCAUACACCACCUUGCUGCUCUUAUUGCUUAUUAUUAUGUACUGAGUCAGGGAAUAUUGCCCUAUUUUGCUAAUUUCCGUCUGCUUGCUGAAUUUUCCACCCCCUUCGUGAACCAGAGGUGGUUUCUUCAGGUUCUGAGCUACCACAAGCUUUCCAAACCCAACCUUGUUAAUGGAGUAGCCAUGGCAUCCUCCUUUUUCCUAGUGAGGAUCGCAGUCAUUCCAGUCUACUACAGCCAAAUGUACAGUGUGUACGGCACCGAGGCCUUUUACAGACUCACCCCAGCUGCUCGCAGUGCCUGGAUUCUUUGCAGCCUCUGCCUCGAUGUCAUGAACGUCAUGUGGAUGCGUAAGAUCCUUCGAGGCUGUCUCAAAGUUCUACACUCGAGUAGAUCCCAAAAACCAGUGAUGGAGAAGGAGAACCCAAAAAUCGACUGA